UGCGUAUUAGAAAAUAUGGGAAAAUCGAAUUUUCAAAAUUAUAUUUUUAUUCUCACUUUUACAGUUGUUACCGACACUAACGCAACAAUUCAACAGUUGAAUGAACAUGACUUGAUUUAACCACUGUCAUUUGAUUGAAACAAAAUGGAGGUUGAUACUGAUAAUACACAAGUGAUGCGAAUAAAGAAUGAUUUCGCAGCUUUCCUGUCAGACACCAUGCCAUAUGAAGGCUCACGAUUUGACAAUAAGUCACAGCUGAGGGGGUCAAAGUUGAGUUUUGAAGGAAGCAUCAUGGAGCCUACAGAGAGUAUUUCAAAUGUACCAUCGGUCUCAGUUAAGUCCGUGCUAGCUGACAAAGAGAAGGAUGAUCGGAUACACAAGGCAGCUCUACUGGCUACAAAGGGUAAAAUAACCAAACUUGAGUCUCAGAUGAACAAUAUGGCAUCAGCAAACAAACGAGCUAGAGUGGAAUAUGAGAAAGAUGUCAUCACUUUGAAGAAUGAACACAAGCGAGAAAUCUCAAAAUUUGAUGACCUGAAGCUCCAGUUAAAGUUUAUGACCAAUAAGGAAGCUGAGGCCAGAUCAUCGCUAAUGGAGAUGCAAUCGAACAUGGAGCAAAAACUGCAGGAGUCGAAUAGCAAAAUCUCCCAAAUACACAAGGAGAAAGUUCAAUGGGAGACUAAGUACCAGGAUUUGCAAGAGACAAUACAAGAUAAGACUUCAUCAAUGAAGAAAGAGUUAAUGAGACAGCAAACAGAGAUGAACAUCUUAAACAAUGAACUGGAGGAAACUACUGAGAGACUCAACCGGCAAACUAGGAAAGUAUCUGACCUCCAAAAGAGUCUGGAAAGUUUUGAGAAUUUACAGUUAGAGUCAUCUAAAGAUAAAAUUAGAAUAAAGGAGUUAGAAGGUCAACUUUCCAAGUUGGAUAAUGAUUCUACUAUUACCAGAGCGCUAAAAUCUGACCUCACCAAACUUCCCCAGUUAGAUGCAGAGGCAAGGAAACUCAGAGAAGAAAAUACAUAUUUAAGAGGAAUCCAGGAGAACACAAUGCUUUUGAAAGAGAGGCUAGAUGAUGCCGAACGGAAGAUUGGGCGAUUUGAAGAACGCUCCUCUGAUAUUCCAAAUUUGCAACUGAAGAAUGAGCAACUGUUAAAGGAGCUUGACCAGUGGAAAAGUAUCAAUACAGGUGGACCUUCAAACAAACCAAGAACUCCUAUAGAACUAAGCAAGCGUCUUGCCAGCCUUCAGAGUAAUGAGGCGUCUCUAUUGGAACAGAAGGGCACCCUGCAAGCAACAUGUCACUCACUCGAGAAUUCAUUGAAGGCAAGUCAGCAGAUGGCUCUUAAGGCAAACCAGCAACUCACACAAGAGGUGAAUAAAUCCCAGCAGGCAACUGACCUCAUCAAGAGACUCCAGCGCAAACUCCUUCUCAUCACAAAGGAAAGAGAUGGAUACAAGAAUAUCAUAGACCAAUAUGAGAGUGAGGUUACAGUUAAUGUCCAGUCAGCCUCUUCACAGGGUUCCAACUCAAGAGUGCAACAACUUGAGGAAACUAACCAAAGGCUAACCAGGCAAACAGAAUAUCUUGAGAAAGAAGUCGAGCAAGCCCAGUCCAAAUUGGCAAUCUAUAUGCAGCGUUGUACAGAGCUUGACACUAAACUGGUACAGGCCCAGCAAACUGUUGCUACGGAAACACUAUCUAAGCCAGUUACAGAGGCAGAUCAGAAAACCAUUCUCUCUUUGAGGGAACAAGUAGCUGAGCUUGAGAAACAACUAGAGAAAGUUUCUGAAGAAAAGUAUCAGCUUGAAAGUAGAAUAGAGCAGAGAAACCUGCAAGGAGAUUACGAUCCCACUAAGACCAAGGUGCUACAUUUUUCCAUGAAUCCUGCCGCAAUUGCUCAAAAGAAUCGUGCAGAAGAACUGGAAAGGCUUAGAGAUGAGAAUGAAAAGCUGAGAGCUAGAGUGAAGAUCUUGGAAGAAGCUGAUGGCAAAGCUGCUAAUAUCACAAUGCAAGUGGAUGAGAAAAUGGCAGAGCCCAACAGUAGCAAGGAAUUAGAAGAAAUGAAGUCUCAAGUCAACACAAUGGAGUUGAAGAAUAAAAGAUUAAGGGAGGCAUUUAUGAAGACCAGUCACGAUUGGCGAGAACUGGUAUAUGAGGUGACAGGAUUCAAAGUAGAUGCCAUUGGUCCUAACCAGUACAAGGUUCAAAGCAUGUAUGCAGAAGCCCCGGAUGAUUUCUUCGUCUUCCAGGUAGCAGAUGGCCACACUACGCUACUAGCUAAUGACUAUUCAGCAUCUUUAACUGAGUUUGCAGAGGAGUAUCUUGAAAAAUAUAACAGUAUUCCUGGCUUUAUUUGCCGAGUUACACUUGAUCUUUUGAGUAAGCAGACCAUAAUGCAAUAGUUUGUGUACACCUGGUUGUAUGUUGUCAUGGAGAUGGUUAUUCUGUCAUCCCACAUUCUUCCCAAUAUGCAAGAGCUUGGGAUAGAUCUUUGAUGUUGAUUGUACAUCAGGGGUUUUAUCCAUCUAAAUAUUCCUGUGAUGUAUUUAUCAGCAGACAACUAUUUCUUGACAGAAAAUACAUUUAAAGCAAAAUAAACUGAGAUGACCAAUAUACCUGUAUACAAUUUGGUAAAAAUAUGUCUGAUGCAUCCUUCAAGAUCGAGCUUUACUGCUAUAUCAGCUAUGGGAAGAAUUGAACCAAGGAUGGUCUGAUGUAGAGUCUAUGGGUUUAACAAGUUGGAGAUUGAGAUUAGCCCCUCGAGUUAAUUGUACUAUGUGCUGUAGUCUUACAUUUAAGGUUACUCAGCUUCAGUUGUAUUCAAGUACUCUUAUGUUCAAAUAUGCUUGUGUUCAGCUACAGUGUGCAACUACACCUGAGUUCAACUACAGUGUGCAACUACACUAAAGUUCAGCUACAGUGUGAAACUACAAUUGUGUUCAGCUACAGUGUGAAACUACACUUGUGUUCAACUACACACUUGUGUUCGAGUACAGCUGUGUUCAGCUAUAGUGAUUUGAAAUCAACAACAGACACUCAUUUAGUGUGAAUAUAUAGUGCAAUGCAUUCAUAUAACAAAGGACAUCCCUAAGUUUAUUGCAUGAAUAUCUACUUGGAAAAAAGAUGGAUUGCAAUGUAAUUGAUCACAUUAAUCGUAAAGAAACAUUAUCAAAGUGAGUCAAGAAUGGACUUUUCCAUU